UAUAAAACCUGGGAGCACCCGAAUCUCAACACAACAAAAACCACACAGCCCUCCCGCCGUAUUCCACCGGCAACCAACAGUCAGCGGCGGCGGCCCCGCCUACUGAUGAUGGCCGAGAACAGCAAGAAAGGUAGGGGAUCAAGUUGGCAUUGGACAAACGAGAGACACGUACAUUUCUUGAACUCUAUGGAGGCUUCCUUUGUUCACACCAUGUUCGAAAGUAACGGUCGACUUCCCCCUCUCGACCGUUAUUUACCCGACACCUCGGACUCCACAGAGGAUUUGUGUAAGGAAAGACGGCGUAGGCACUCGGCCUCAGAUAUUGUUGUGUCAAGUGGGAGGACAGAGAAAAAGACCAGAAUUUUAUCAUGCCAAAAAUCUUCACAAGAUCAGGUGGUCCCACAAUUUCAGAACGAGAGAGACAAUAAAGAUAAAGAUGAUGAUAAUUGAGAAAGAUCAUCUUGAUGAUGAUGUCUCCCUUGUAACACCCCCUAAUUAAGGAAAUUAAUAUUAGUAUUAAUUGUUCUCUUCA